AUAAUAAGUGAAAUAAACUAUGGAGAGUUCUGAUUCAGUAACAAAUGCUGAUCAAAUUGGGAAACUCAUUAAAUAUGGAACCCCGUUGCAAGCUCUUAAAGGAAUAUUCUAUGAUUAUUUCAAAGAGACGUCAAUUCAUGGAUUCAAAUAUGUUGGCGAACAAAAACGUUCAGCUUUGGAAAGAAUAAUCUGGUUGGGUGCUGUAAUUGUGUCAAUUUCAACAUGCAGCUACUUAAUUUACAAUAUUUGGGACCAACGUAACCAUAAUCCAGUACUGGUAGCCUCAGACGGAAGAUUAACGCCAGUUUGGGAAAUUCCAUUUCCCAUGGUAACAAUUUGUCCGCAAAUCAAAAUUCACAACAAAACUUUGAAUCUCACAAAAGAGCCAACAUAUUUAACGGAAGAUGAGUAUCAGCAAUACUUUUUGGAGUUUGGAUUCCAAACACUAUGUUCUAUUCAUGGAUUUGAUUAUAACGGAAAGUAUUCCAACGAAUUUAUUCCGAAUGCAUCAAAAUACAUCAAACUUAUGUCGAAUGUUGCUCCAACAUUCGAAGAAAUAAUGUCUGGAUGCUUUUGGAAAGAUAAAAUUAAUUGUAAGGAUUUGUUUGAUCCUGUUUUAACAGAAGAUGGAAUUUGUUUCUCAUUCAAUUUAAUUAAAUCUGAAAAUUAUCAGAGUGAAUUAAACAACUUUGACAAUAAUGAUCGCAAAAUAGACUGGGAUCUUGAACAUGGUUACAAUGAAGAAGCUCUAUAUUUUUUGGAAGCAUUCCCUUUUCAUGCAGUUGGAGCAGGAAUUACGGAAAGCUUUGUUCUGAAUCCAACAGAUAAAAUAGAAGACGAAGAUAAUAAAUGUAGAACUUAUUCGCAGGAUUUCAAAUUGAUUGUUCAAACUCCUGGAGAAGUACCACAAGUAAAAAAGAAUUUUAUUAACAUUCCAUUUGAUCAGGAUAUUUUGUUAUCAAUCAAGGCUCAAAUUAUGAAAACUUCGGAAGGAUUGCGACAUUAUACACCAGAGAGGCGUCAAUGCUACUAUCAAAAUGAACGGUAUUUGAGGUAUUAUACAAAGUAUACGCAAGCCAGCUGUGAAUUGGAAUGUCUGGCAAAUCAAACCCUUGCCAAAUGUGGAUGUGUCAAAUUUUCAAUGCCAAGAGCUUUAUCUCAUCCAAUUUGUGGAUGGAAAAAAUCGUCUUGCGCUGAUCAAGUCGCAAAUAAUUUUGUUAGUUGGAAAUUUAUGGCUAAAACAAAGGGUUUUGGUGAAAGUGCAUGUACUGGUAAUUGUUUGCCAACUUGUUUUGACAUCAAAUACAAAGCAGAGAUUGAACUACAAACUCCUCGUGAUGGCGGUACCAACACUUUGUUUCGUCUAACAUCGUUGACAAUUAAAUUCGAAGAAGAUGUAGUCAAUGGUUUAAUACGUACAGAAUUGUACAGUAUAACAGAUUUUAUUGCAAAUUGUGGUGGAUUACUGGGACUUUUUAUGGGUGUUUCGAUUUUGAGUUUGGUGGAACUUGUUUACUUUUUUACCGUUAGACUGUUGUUGAACUUGAAAGCAAGAAGACAGAUACAAGAUGUGAAGCAAUGUUGGGAAAAGAAGUGAUCUGGUUAAUGAUUAAUGAUCAGUAAUUUCUCAUUACAAAAUGUAACCAGUACCUAAUUCAGAUUAAUGAUCAUUUAUUACAUUAAUCAUCAAUCA